AUGGCCACUGUCUUCGUACCUCCCUCGCCACGAACCUCCUUGACCAUGGCUACUCGCCGUCCACUUGCAAACGUCCCGAAUGCAACAAAUUCCCCACGCAGGGCAGAGCUAGUGCUUAAACGAGCUCGCCCUACUCGAGUGGACAUCCCGUACGGACAGCCACCGCCGAAGAGACAAGUGAUGGAGAAUCUCGAGUACGAGCCUCGCUCUACCACCUGCCAAGCCACGAACACAGACUCGAAACUCUUCGCGCGACGAUCGAACAACAGCAACCCUAGUGCAUUCGAGAAGAAGCUUGUUGCAGCUAGGGAGAAAGAACGUCAACCGCAAGUCAAGCAUGUUAGAGUUGAGAAGGCCCCGGCAGAUACUAUGGAUUCCAUCCGGCAAUGGCAGCGGCACUAUAGGAAGGCGUUCCCUCAAUUUGUGUUCUACUUCGAUAGCAUCCCUGAGGAUGUCAGACGGCGGUUCAACCGCCAGGUAAUUGCUCUUGGAGCUCGCGAGGAGAAGUUUUUCUCGCGUCUAGUGACCCACGUUGUCACCUCGCGUGCUAUCCCCCCGGAAUCAGCCACUCUAACAGAACCGGAGUCAACUGCAGACGCCAACAACGUCGAUAGCAAUGUCCAGACUGUCAACCCUUCUCUUCUGGAGAGGAACGGUGAGACUCACCUGCAUACUUCAUUGAAAACCGAGACGCGUCGUGAAGUCACUAUGGACAUUUUGCAACGGGCUCGGCAGAUGGGCAUGAAAAUCUGGGCAUUGGAAAAGCUUCAGCGUAUGAUCACUACAAUCAAUGACAGUGACAUCGGUGCCCAAUAUGAACAAGCUGCUCGGAACAAGGCUGCUGGUGGUAACGUCGCCAACGGUAGGGGCGAAAAUGACCUUUCGCGGGUUCUUCGCCAGGAACUUCUCAACGGACCGUCUGAUCGCGAUCCAUUGACCUCAAUGGAAAUGAUUAUCUUCAAGGGACCAUUCGUUUACAUCCAUGACAUGAAUGAAAAGACCAAACCAGUGAUGGUUCGAGAAUACUCCCGAGUCGCGAGACGCCAGGAUGGAUCUUGGCCACAGUUCCGAAGUGCUCCCCUCGGAAAGUGCCCUUUCAUAGAUGAGCCCCCGAGCAGGAAGGAGUACGACCGACACCGAUUACGUCAACUCCACAAAGAGAAGAAGGCUGCCUCUCUCAAGGCUGACGGAAGUCGUGAUGCUAAGACAAAAGCUGCUGUGCCAAUCCAAGCCCCCGAAUCUGUGGCCACAGAGAUCGCACAUUCCCAGCCGCUGACGAAACAAGAAGAGCGUGUUUCACCUCCUGUUCAAAACGAAAUUCAGAAGCCAUCACUUGAUGAAACUCAUGAACGAAAGAGUUCUGAAAGCUUUAUUCCUCCUCACUUCCCUCGCACCGGGCCUUUCUAUGCUGGCCAUGAGCCUGCUGCCUCAGGUGUUCAGCCGUCGAAUAUGACAUCUGCAAUCCGCUCGCAGAUGAUCUCGUCUACUGCUGCAGCACCUGGCGCAAAAGCUGGGCUCAGCAAGGAGGUUCAUGGUCUCAAGCGGAAGGUCCUCGAGAAGGGCACUGGUGGAUUCGCAGUGGGAUCUAUGGCUGCUCCUCAGCGUCGUGGAGAUGGGUUUGCGACAGUUCCGAUGAAGAAUAACGUCAAUCCCCCUGGGAAGCCCAACAUCUCUCACGAUGAGGAUGAGGCAAAGCAAUCCGAGAUGGCUGGCUCAAAGCGGCAAAGGGAGGACAAAGAUGAACAAAGGAAACCCGAACGUCGCAGAGAUCCCAAGCCUGGCUAUUGCGAGAACUGCAGGGAUAAGUUUGACGAUUUCGAAGAGCACACUCAAACUCGAAAACAUCGCCGGUUUGCCGCGAACUCGACGAAUUGGGCUGAGCUUGAUGCAUUGCUCGCUGAAAUUCAGCGUCCGCUCAAGGUCGACCAUGAAUAUGAUGAAUAG